ACGGCGGUAGUGUUGCAAAAGGCCGCAGACGCUUACGCUGAGGCAAAACAGAAAAUUACGACAAAAAAGCAGCGCCCCGCGAAAAAAAGGCCAUGAACUCGGCAACCAAGGUGGGGGAGAUAUUCACGGCCGCCGGGCAGGCGUUCAGCCGAUUGGGCGAUCUCACUAUGCAGCUGCAUCCCAAUGCGGAAUCGCCGUCCGGGAAGUGGACGGACGAGGAGAUUGACAUGCUGCACUCGUCCAUUAUGCGCUUCUCCGACGACCUGACCAAGAUCAGCCUGAGCAUCAAGAACCGCACCGUCUCCCAAAUCCGCCAGGCGCUGAAGAAGAAGGCCUUCGAGGACGCCGGCAUCCCCGCCAAGCAAGUGCCCGUCCAGCAGGUGCAGCACGUCCUCCAGACGCUGCCCGCCCAGCAGUCGCUCCAGCAGACCCCUCCCCAAGUAUUCAAGACGCAGCCCAUCGUGCAGCACGUGCAGCUGGUGGCGCAGCCGAAGCAGAUCAUCCUGCACCCACAGACCACCGCCACGACGGGCACGACGGUCACGGUGAAGCAGUACCAGCAGAUGCAGAAGGCGGCUGCGCUGGCGGCGGCUCAGGCAGCUGCUUCGGCGGCCAACAACACGCCCACCAUCACGGAGAACAUCAUCAUCCAACAGCCCACGUCCACUUCCACGACCGUGGUGCAGCAGCCUCUGGCGGUCUCCACCUGCUCCUCGGCGCAGAUCGUGGUCCCCGUGGUGCCGGCAGUAUCCACAGUGCUCUCGCCAACGGUGGUGAUUGCCGACGACGUGGUGAGCACUACCUCCAAUCCUCCAGCGGCGACGGCGACAGCAGGAGCGCCAGCUGCAGCGCCAGCGGGACUGAAGUGCGGACCGGACGUGUCCAUGACCCUCAACCGCAUCAACGUGCAGGAGAACGAGGUGGACGUGGAGGAGUGCCUGCCCGCCGAGGUUGUCAAGCUGGACUUUGUCAGCGAGGAGGUGGCCGGGUGAGGCUCGAGCCCUCAGAACGGGCUGGACUUCUACUACUAGAGCUCCGGCCGGUGAACGAAUCACGUAACUUGGAACAGAACCGCUACAAAUCUAGAUCGAGAACUCUUUAACAAAACG